GGGUUUUAGAUUUUAUCAGUUAACUGUAGUGAAAUUUUUCAGCUGCAAUUCCUUUUGGUUUGCAGUAUUCACAACUCCAUAAUUCUAGCUGCCGCCCCCACCCGCCCCUUGACCCCGAUAGCUUCACGUCGUCCGGCCUCUGCCGCCGCCGCCCCUCGACUCCGACAGCAGCGCGUCAUCCCCCUGUCGUCCCCGGCUAAUUUUGGACCUAACCGCUCUAGGAGAGCCCAAAAACGACGCCGCACUGGAAGGCCCCAAGACGGUGGCUCCGCCAAACUGAGGAAAAUUAGGAGAGAUGGGUGUAAGGGGCCGAGCAGAGGAGGUAGCAAACCGAAAAAGGAGCAGCCCCGGUAUGAUGAGAAUGCGCCUCGAACCGAGAUUGAAGGGGAUUCAUUUGAGGAGCAGGCAGAUGGUGAUUUUGAAGUUGAAGAACCUAAAGAAGGUGGGUUCGGAGAGCCAACAGUGUAUGACGAUUUGCUGAGAAAACUAGGAUCGCGCAAUGUAUCUGUUGCAGAUGCUUUAAGAAGAAGGCAAAGAGAGGAGCAAGGGGAAAGUGAUUCAGAUGAAGAUGUAGACAGUGGUUCAGAAUCUAUUAAUGAUUCAGAAGAGACGGAGGAUGAUGGCGAGGAUGGAAUCGAUAAUAUGCCUGCCAAGGGUAAUAUUGUUCAAAAUAGGGCAAAAGGUGGUGUGAAACUGAGUGAAGAUGUUGGGACAGACGAUGAUGAUGCAGCAGUGAUGUCUGACACCGAUGAUGAAAGUGAUUUGAGAAUGAAUAAUCAAUCCCUGUCAGAGAGAUCUAUGAUCUUAAGAAGCUCACUUUGUCUCAAGCGGAUGAAGUGCAUUUUGACAACGAUACUGAAGCGUGGCGUUCUAUUGGAUGUUUACUCUUGCAGUAGCUUUGACAAUCAUUUGUCUCACAAAAUAUCCUCCUCAGAGAUUGACCAUUUAAUGAAAAGAAAAUGGAGGUACACAUGGAAAAUGCCUGCCCUUAACCAGUCAAGUUGCUACUGGAGAGGAACAGGAACAUGUGCAAUUAAGGAUUCUGACGUAAAUGCACAUUAUGAUCUGAAGCCAAGAUUAUACAAGCAUUGGCUGGAAAGUUUCAAUGCUUCAGGAGGCAGUAACAGCUAUUAUGAUAUAAUGCACCAUAACAAGAAGCCCUUUUACCUCAAAGGAAUGGAAGAAGAUUCAAAUAUCAUGGAUGCUUAUCUCAUGCACUCUUUAAAUCACAUCUUCAGGAGUAGAGAUCUUAUAGUAAAAAAUGAAAGAGAAUUGGCUAAGAAUCAAGACAGUUUGGAGGGCAAAGCUGUUGAUAGUGAAUCUUAUCUUGAUCGUGGGUUUACUCGCCCAAAGGUUUUGAUCCUUUUGCCACUUGCUGGUAUUGCACGUCGAGUUGUCAAGAGGUUGAUCCAGUUGACUCCAACUAAGCAUGAGGCUAGCGUGGAAAAUUUGGAACGCUUUUACGAAGAAUUCGGUUCUGGAAGAACUGAGGACAAGGAUGAUGAGGAUGGCCCAGAACUACACAAACCCAAACAGUCUGCGAAACCUCCUGACCACCAAGCAUUACUGGGUAGGGAUAAUGACAAUGAUCACUUUAUGAUAGGCGUGAAAUACACGAACAAGGGAAUAAAUUUGUAUGGUGAUUUCUACUCAUCGGAUGUCCUUAUUGCCUCUCCUCUUGGCAUAAUCACUAAAAUUGGGGAGGCAGAAGUGGAGAAAGAAAAAGAUUUUGAUUAUUUAUCUUCAAUAGAAAUCUUAAUCAUUGAUCAUGCAGAUGUCAUGCUAAUGCAGAAUUGGUCCCAUGUGAAUACUGUUGUUGAACAAUUGAAUAAACUGCCGUCUAAGCAACAUGGAACCGAUAUUAUGCGCAUAAGGCCAUGGUACCUGGAUGAACAAGCACGGUUCUAUCGGCAAACAAUAAUUUUGAGUUCUCAUGUAAAUCCAGAACUCAAUGCUCUUUUUAAUCAACAUUGCCUUAAUUACCAGGGAAAGAUUAAAUUGGAGUGCAAGUAUAAAGGUGUUCUUCCAAAAAUAUUAAUUCCAGUGCGACAGAUUUAUGAGCGUUUUGAUACUGAAUCUAUAGCAGAAGCUGAUGAUGCUCGACUUAAAUAUUUUUGUGAAAAGGUUUUCCCCAAGAUAAAAGAUUCUGUUCAGAAUGGUGUAAUGAUAUUUAUUAGUUCUUAUUUCGAGUUUGUCCGACUCCGGAACUAUUUGAAGUCACAAGCUGCUUCCGUCUGCUUGUUCGGAGAGUAUAUAAAACGAAACGAUAUUGCUCAUGUUCGGGGGCAGUUUUUCAGAGGGGAAAAGAAAAUUAUGCUUUAUACCGAGAGAGCCCAUUUCUACUACAGAUACAAGAUUCGUGGCGUCAAGAACUUAAUCAUCUAUUCCUUGCCCGAGAGAAAAGAAUUUUACCCUGAGAUUGUUAACUUGCUGGAAGAGUCGGACAGCAUGAAUUGCAGAGUCCUAUUUUCUCGUUUGGAUCAUCUUCGGCUGGAGAGAAUAGUUGGUUCUGCUGCUGCAAAACGGAUGGUUGACUCAGAGAAAUCCGUUUUUGUUUUCGCUUAGAAAUUUAUCAACAAGUGCCAUUUGAAAGCUCGAGAGAAUAGUUUGUCCUACUGCAAAACGGAUGGUCGACUCAGAGAAAUGUGUUUUUGUGUUGGCUUAUAAAUUAAUCGACAUGAGUUUAUUCAGUCAACAAGUGACAUUGGAGAGGUUUAAUUACGCGUUGAUGUGAUCUUUUGUAACACCCCAAAAAUUAGAGCAAUUUUUUUUUUCUUUCCGAAAACGCUUGCUUAUUUAAUUAAUUAAUUAAAUUAAUUGAGAUGUGUAUUUUUUUCAGAAACAUCAGAGUUCGGAACCGAGUUUGAAAACAUCAGAGUUUGGAAAUAAAUUCGAAUUUUUUAAAAA